CCAUUGUGUGUGUUUGUGUUAGUGAGUGUUUGCCUACGGUGAGUGUGUGUGUAUGUGUGUGCUUGUCUGUUGGAGUAUUCGUGGAACUGUGGCGUGACAAAGCUGUAGGCGAAUGUGUAGCCUGUGCCGGUGCGCGUGAGCUUGCGUGUGGGAAAAGGAGGAGGAGGAGGGAAAAGAGAAAAGGAACGCCUCUGCACCCGCUCGCGCUCCCGGUGCGCACAACAGCCAGCAGCACUGGCCGGCGGACACGGAACGGCACGGCACUAGAGUAGACGCGGCAGAGCGCACAGGGGCAUCAACGGGUUGUUGUGUUUUUAACUGUUCACUCUCUCAGCUUCCGCAUCUCGCGCCCCCACCAGGACACAGCAGCAAGCAUAUGGCGGAGUGAGGCACCGGCCCGCGGCACCUUGCGAAUCGCGAAGGCGCACAGUAGCGCGCAUAUCUGGCGUCGGCUUCAUCAUCUCACCAACUCACAAGCAGCUCGCACGCAGCUCACAGGGAAACAUACAGACCAGCAGAGCACCGGACACAUACGGUACACACACACACACAUCCAGACGCUCACAGGGUACAGGGGUAUUGUAGUGGAGAGAGGAGAGCAGCCUUUAUCUGGUUUUACUUCGAGGGAAACUUGCGAGCCUGCUCAUUGGUCCUCUUUUUUUGAGAGUCAGCAAAUGUUUGAAAUUUGAAAGUCCUGCAGCUUGCCUGUCAGUCAGCGAGUCAGUCAGUCUGCCUUCAAGUUGCUUCCGCAAACAGCCUCUGUCGCUUUUGUACAUCCCUCCUCCCUCACGCGCUCCCACGAGCUGCCAGCCAAGGCGGCCACCCACCCACCCGGUGUGCGUCUCCGCUAGCUACUGUUAGCUCCCGUCGCUCCAGUAGUCAAGUGGUAGUUUGAGCCGCAGUCGCCACGGGAAGAUGUCGGUAGACCCCGCGCUCAUCCCGGACGACCAGGCGUUCGGCAACUUCAGAACAGAGUGCACGUGCCACGACGGUUGGAACUCGAGCUACAGCAAAGCGGGAAUCGCCGUCUGGAUCCAAAUCCUGGAGGAGGAGAAGUCCCUUCACAAGAUCAAGUGUCGGAUGGUGUGUAAGGACGUUUCUGCGGAGACCAUGUAUGACGUGCUGCACGACAUUGAGUAUCGCCGCAAGUGGGACAGCAACGUCAUCGAGACCUUCGACAUCGCCAAGCUGACCGUCAACGCAGACGUAGGAUACUACUCCUGGAGGUGUCCGAAGCCGUUGAGGAAUCGUGAUGUCAUCACUCUGCGCUCCUGGCUGCCAAUGGGCAACGACUACAUCAUCAUGAACUACUCCGUCAAACACCCGAAAUACCCCCCUAAGAAAGACCUGGUGCGCGCCGUGUCCAUUCAGACCGGAUACCUGAUCCAGAGAGACGGCCCCGCCUCCUGCACGCUCACAUACCUGGCACAGGUGGACCCCAAAGGUUCGCUGCCUAAGUGGGUUGUCAACAAGUCUUCCCAGAUGCUGGCCCCUAAGGCUAUGAAGCGUAUCCACAAGGCGUGUCUGAAGUACCUGGAGUGGAAGGCGCGCCACCAGCCUACCCAUAAGCCCUGGCUGUACCCCGAGCAGAACGAGCUACCCAGCAUGCACCUGGGCCAGCUCACCAUCCAGCACGCCGACUCACUGGAGAACAUCGACGAGAGCAGCGCAACCGAGACACACGAACACACACACAGUGACGAGGAGACGCACUGAGGCGCGUGCACACACACACACACGUGCACACACGCGCGCACACACACACACACACACAGAGCGACGAGGAGACGCACUGAGGCACACACGCACACACACAGCGACGAGGAGACGCACAGAGGUGCACGCACGCGCGCACACACACACACACACACACACGCAAACAGCGACGAGGAGAGGCACUGAGGCACACACACACACACACACACACACACACACACACACACACACACACGAGAGAAGUGUAGCGGAGAUACACGAUCACACGCAUAGAAAUUAGGAGAUACACACACACACGAGAGCAGUCUGGAGAUGCAUGGACACACACACACACACACACACACACACACACACACAAACAUCAGUCUCAUGAACACACACACACGCGGGCAGUGAUGACCACACACACGCACACUUAUGAUUUCUAUGUCUAAUACGUUUGAUGCACAUGAUGUGUCAGUGCUUUUGUGUGUGUGUGUGUGUGUGUGUGUGUGUGUGUGUGUGUGAAUAUGUUUGAUGUAUGUGUGUGUGUGUAUAUAAUGGCCUUUGCAUCGCUGCAUUUCAGCAGUGACGGUGGAAAUAAAGACACAUUGAUUCCAAUGGCA